AUGGGCAGUAGGAAAACGGAAAAUGUUAAAAAUAAGAACACGCAAGUGAAAAAAUCACCGCGAAUUAAGGAGGCACCCGGAGUUUUAGCGCGAUUAUGGUUUUUUUGGACUUUUCCAUAUUUUUACUAUGGAAAUCGACGGGAUUUGGAAGAAUACGACUUAGUACGUGCUAAGUCUAAGUACAACUCCAAAUUAGUGGGCGAUAAUUUAGAAAGAAAUUGGCUACAAGAAGAGGCGGCAGCGAAGUCUACCGGUAGGAAACCAUCCUUUAAAAAAUGUCUUGUGAAGACAUUCUUUUGGUCUUUCGUACCUGGAGGCAUUUUACAAUUUACGUGUGUUUGUAUUCAGACAGUCACUCCGCUGCUCUUCGCAAAGUUGCUCUCUUACUGGUCUGCAAAUUCUACAAUAAGUAGAGAAACUGCUGCAUAUUACGCCGGUGGCAUGAUUUUGAGCAAUUGGAUAGCUGCCUUUUGCGGACACCAUGGAAAUUUUCUAUGUCAGCAAUUUGGAAUGAAGUUAAGGGUGGCCAUCAGUUCUCUUAUGUUUAGAAAGAUUAUGCGAAUGAACAAUGGUUCUUUGGGAGGGACAACGGCAGGGAAAGUUGUGAAUAUACUGUCAAAUGAUCUGCAGCGAUUUGAUUUAGCGUUUUUCUUCCUACACUACAUAUGGAUAAUUCCACUGCAGUUAUCCGCGGUUUCAUACCUGGGCUAUAUGCAAGCGGGUACUGCUGCUCUCAUCGGAUUGGCUGCUUUAAUUAUCAUAGCAUUGCCCGUUCAAAGUGGUCUUGGAACAUUUGUUGGUAAAAUAAGAUUUCGUACUGCAGAAAAAACAGAUGCACGGGUCAAAUUAAUGAACGAAGUUAUUAAUGGAAUACAGGUGAUCAAAAUGUACGCGUGGGAAAUUCCGUUCCAAAAAGUAGUAGGACAAAAACAAAGAGCAGCCCUUUUCAUAACCAUUUUAUCGCUUGUUUUGCUUGGAAAUGUAAUGACUGCUAAUGUUAUAUAUCCCUUACAACAAUUUAUGAACUCUGCUCAAAUUAAUAUAACGUUAGUUUUACCGUUAGUAUUAACGUUUACUGCUGAGUUAUUGGUUUCGUUGAAAAGAGUGGAACAAUUCCUUUCGUUGGAAGACAGACUUGACUUAAUUGAUGAUAAAGCAAGCCCUCAAUCAAAAUUAUAUCGGAACGUAUCAGAUAACUUCGAGGACUUUAAAGGAGCAUCCGUUAGGCCUUUAUCCUACCAAGCAAAAUCGGAAUUUUCUAUAAGCAAUGGUUCUUUACGGUCAGAGAAUAAAUUUCGAAGGAGUCUCUCGCAACCAAACUGCGAUAUUGCGGUUGAACUGCGGGACGUUAGUGCCAGCUGGACCGAUGACCCCAAUUCCUUGGCACUCAAGAACAUUACUGUACGCAUACGCAAAGGAAAGCUUUGCGCAAUCAUAGGGGCCGUCGGGUCAGGCAAGUCUUCGAUCUUGCAACUACUGCUAAAGGAAUUACCUGCAGCUACUGGCAGCAUGUCAGUGUUUGGGAAAAUCUCGUACGCUUGCCAAGAGGCGUGGCUAUUUCCGAGUACAGUCAGAGAAAACAUUUUGUUCGGUAUGCCUUACGACAAGGAGAAAUACAAUCAAGUAUGUAAAGUAUGCGCUCUAGAGAAGGAUUUCAAACAAUUUCCUUACGGCGACCAAACCUUAGUAGGUGAAAGAGGUGUAUCCCUCUCAGGUGGUCAGCGUGCCAGAAUCAAUUUGGCUCGGGCCGUCUAUAGAGAGGCCGAUAUUUAUUUAUUGGACGAUCCGCUGUCGGCCGUGGAUGCAAAUGUGGGGCGUCAGCUUUUCGAAGGCUGCAUCAAUGGUUAUUUACGACAACGCACAAGAAUUUUAGUCACUCAUCAAAUACAUUUCCUUAAAGCAGCUGACUACAUCAUUGUUCUAAAUGAGGGUGGCAUUGAAAAUAUGGGAACUUUCGAUGAGUUGGUAUCGUCAGGCAAAGAAUUGGCUAAUAUCAUGGCUUCAUUACAAGAAGGAAAAGACAAAAACACAGAAAAUAACACCUUGAAAGCUGAAGAAAAAGAGAAGGCAGGUUUAAAGAAGUCUGUAUCUAUCAGUGAACCCGAAGAGCUAGAACAAUUUGAGGAGCAAAAGAUGACUGUCGAAGAAAGACAAUCGGGAAAUCUUCGUUGGGAAGUUAUUUCUACUUACUUUAAGUCCGGUGGCAGCUUCUUUUUAGUAUCGUUCACUUUCUUAAUACUCGCUAUGACCUCUACAUCAGCAGCUGCUGUAGAUUAUUGGGUCAGUUUCUGGUCCAACCAAAUGGCAAAGUAUGAAGAAGAAACAGGCACUGCAAAUAUGGAACCGGGUUUGGACGUACAAGUGGGUCCCUUUACGACUGGACAGUAUCUGAUCAUCCACGGAUGUAUGAUUGUAGCGGUUAUCAUAAUUACAAACUGUCGAGCUAUACCUUUUGCACAACUAUGUGUCAACGCUUCUAAAAAGCUACAUGACCUAAUGUUCUCAACAAUGAUUAAGGGCAUUAUGCGAUUCUUCGAUACUAGUUCUUCAGGCCGGAUCCUCAAUCGUUUUACGAAAGAUAUUGGUGCAGUCGAUGAAAUACUACCAAGAACUUUGUUUGAUGUUCUUCAAAUCUAUGGAACUUUGGCCGCUAUUCUUGUGCUAAAUGCUAUAGCACUAUACUGGACAUUGAUACCAUCAGUCGUAUUAUUAACCUUAUUCGUGCUUUUCGUAAGGUCGUAUAUAAAAGCCGCUCAAGGGAUUAAACGACUUGAGAGUAUUACAAAAAGUCCCGUUUUCGGUAUGGUCACGUCAUCAUUGAGUGGUAUUGCAACUAUCCGAUGCUGUGAUGCACAAAACCGGCUCAUUGAUGAUUUCGACACACAUCAGGAUUUGCACACAUCAGCGUGGUACGGCUAUUUGGGUGGUGGAUUCACUUUCGGAUUUUAUUUGGAUACACUAUGCCUAGUUUAUCUUUCUUCUGUCAUCUUUGUCUUCUUGUAUCUUGACUUUGGUGAUUUGAUCCCCGUGGGCAGUGUAGGGUUAGCUGUGACACAGAGCAGCGCGCUCACCGCCAUGUUGCAGCACGGCGCUCGCAUGCUGGUGGAGUACGUCGCACAGCUCACCAGCGUUGAACGUGUGUUGGAGUACACUCGCGUCGAAACUGAAGAGAACCUCUUUGACGGACCGAUACCUAUUCCACCAACGUGGCCUUCAGAAGGAAGAAUAAUAUUCCAAAACGUAAACUUGCGGUACGGACCUGAUGAAGAUCCAGUAUUGAAGAAUUUAAAUCUCGUAGUGGAAAGUGGUUCGAAGGUGGGCAUCGUGGGUAGAACCGGCGCCGGCAAGUCAUCCUUAAUAUCAGCGUUGUUCAGAUUUGCGUACAUCGACGGAAAGAUAACCAUCGACGGAAUUGAUACUGCCAUGGUUGCUAAGCAGGGCUUACGUUCAAAAAUUUCUAUCAUCCCGCAAGAGCCUGUACUAUUUUCAGCAACAAUAAGAUACAAUCUUGACCCAUUCAACAUAUACAGUGACGACGAUAUCUGGAGAGCUCUCGAGCAGGUAGACAUGAAAGCGGCUGUUCCCUCUUUAGACUUCAAGGUGACUGAAGGUGGCUCCAACUUUUCUGUUGGUCAAAGACAGCUCAUGUGCUUAGCGCGCGCUGUGCUUCGGUCCAAUAAGAUAUUAAUAAUGGAUGAGGCUACAGCAAAUGUUGACCCACAGACGGAUAAUUUCAUUCAACAAACAAUACGACGUCAAUUUGCAUCGUGCACUGUCCUGACGAUAGCACAUCGUUUGAACACUGUUAUGGACUCUGAUCGUGUCCUCGUAAUGAGUGGUGGAGUUAUCGCGGAAUAUGACCACCCCUACAAACUGCUCUCAGAUCCCAACAGCAGUUUGUCUAGUAUGGUGCGCGAAACCGGUGAGAAGAGCAGUCACAUAUUGUAUCAAGUUGCUAAAGAUGCUUAUUUCAAAAAUAAUCUGAAAGAACAUUUAAGAUGA